GCCGGAGCGCAGGGCCGAGCCUGCUCCUCUCUCGCAGAGCACGUGGACGCUCAGCCCGGGGUCCCACCUCUCUCGCGGGUGUCGGACUCGCUCCAGCCGCGGCGCCCUCCGUUCCGCGGCAGCCGGCGGAAGUGCGAUGCCGGAAGUUGCGUCAUCCCCGUGCGCGGGCAGCGUCCGCGGUCAGGCCGUGCGGAGCGUGGAGCUGCUGCUAUGGCUUCCAGCGGCGUCGGCGCGAGCGCUGGCGGCUCGGCAAGUGAAGCUCCCGAAAUCCCAGACAACGUGGGAGAUUGGCUGCGGGGCGUCUACCGCUUCGCCACCGACAGGAAUGACUUCCGGAGGAACUUGAUCCUCAACUUGGGACUUUUCGCUGCAGGAGUUUGGCUGGCCAGGAAUUUGAGUGACAUUGACUUAAUGGCACCUCAGCCAGGGGUGUAGCCAGAUAGACACAUGGAACCCGAGAUGUACUUGAACCUCCAAACACCGAGCUUCCAGUCUGUGACCAUCACAAGACUUUCCCUGAUAGCAGCUGAAGUUUGAUUCACAUGGCUACCUUCCCUUCCCUGCCUGCUUCCCUUCGCCGGGUCUACGCAGAAUUCAUUCUCUGGUCAGCAGUCAGGCUUCAGCUGAAGUGUUGUCCUCUGUUUUGUAAAGUUCUGUACAUAAUUCCUAAGUUUCGGUAGAGAGUGAUCUCUGCUCUUUUCUUGAGGAAUAACCUGAUGGUAUUUUAACAAUUAUCUGAAAUAAAGACUGCACACAGACAGCCA